UGGUGAGAUCCGCGCGCUCUCCUCGACCGUAUCAAUUGUUUCGUUCGUAAUAUUCCAUGUAUUUCAAAAUAGAUUUUCCUCACUUGUCAUUUUAAUAGAUUCGAUGGCUGUAAUUAAGACGAUCCGAGAGUCACUCAACGGGCACGGGCUGGAGUGUCAUAACCCUGUUUUAUGCAAUUAUUAAAACAGUUAACAUGAUGGAAUCGGAUCAAAAAAAUGAAAUAAGAAAUGGCCACAUUUUCAGAAAAAAACAUAGAACAAUAAAAUUAUUUAUAAAAUAAGAAUAUUAAGACGAUUACUAUUGCACAUAUAAUGCAGUGGUCUGUUCCUGAGCGAUAUAAUUGUGAGGGAUCAUUCACAACAGCCAACGGUCGCCGAUCUUCUAAUAAGUAUAUGUCUGCCACUCUACAACCAAAGCAGUGGUCCACUUCUUAUACAAAUCAACACUAUGUUCAUUCGAGUAGUAGCGAACAGAAUGUGUACAGAGCGGAUUUCCGAUCUAAAACUAUGCCCAGAAGAACAAUGAACGACGACGAUAUUGCAAAAGAGCAAGGGCAAUGGGAAAUCGUAGAAUACGAUUCCGAACAGACGCAACAGCCUCGCAGUGUCCAAGAGCAAUCGCACUAUCAAAAAUAUCAACAAGAACCACCGACUAGGCCAGUUGGUCAUCAGGUUCACUACUCGGAUCCAAAUAAAUGGAAGAAAAGAUGUUUAUAUCUAUUUUUAUUCACGUUAAUGUCAAUAAUCGUCAUCAAUCUGACAUUAACGUUAUGGUUCCUUAGAGUAUUGCAUUUCACCUCAGAAGGAAUGGGUACCUUAAAAAUAGUAAAUGGUGGCAUUAGGUUAUCUGGUCACACUGUAGUACUGGACAGGCUAAUAGCUUCAACGAUCCGCUCGCGUACCGGCUACCCCAUCACUGUGGAGUCUUCGGCCAAUGUUUCCAUUUUUGCCAGGAAUUCUCAAGGCAGACUUGUCAACAGUCUUAAAUUAACAAAAGACAAUCUUGAGUGUGCGGCGACAACAUUUAAAGUUACGGAUACUCGAGGGGAAACGUUAUUUUCGGCUGAUCGUAGCAAAGUCAUCGUUGGUGCUCAAGAGCUAAAAGUAACAGGAUUAGGAGGUGCAGUUUUUGAUGGCAGUGUACAAACACCAUUAGUUAGGUCGGAUUCCCGACACGACUUGAGGUAAACUUCUUUUGAUUUAU